CUUUCCUUUGUUUUGAAAAUCCCACUGUGUAACUUGCGUCCCAGCGGAAUUAAUUCUGUACCAUGUGACCGGAUCGUACAAAGAGCCUAUUUUAUACCUGUGAAAAUUCUCGUAGUUCGUAAAGCAUCGUUCUUGCACCAUUCAAUCAUUUUUUCCACAUCAUCAUUGACGACGCCAACAGACCACACGCUCGGGUAUUUUCUUCGUCGUAACCACCUUUUUCGCAAUGGAAGAACAAAUGCCUUGCUCCUCUAGUGCUCCAGAUAACUCGGCGGUACAUGUAAUUGAAAUCGAGGAUGAUUGCCCGCUAUCACCCGUCCCGCUCGAGCAGGAAAAGUUGGUAGAACCACUCUUCGAAAAUGAAGACGGCGUCGCUGAGGGUAAAAUUCACGCGUUACCUACCCUGAAUUCAGCGCAGAGAGAGGCCGACAAUGAAGACGACGUCGUUGCGGGUGAAUUUCAUGCGGAAUCUACCCUGCAUUCAGCGCAGAGAGGGAACAAGCGCAAAACCCCGUAUUCGGUUAAAUUCGGUGAGCUACCCGAGGCAGUCAGAAAGUUUUUGGCUUCCGUAAAGAGAUUCUUUACCCAGAAAGUCAACUUUGAAAGAGAGAAAGCACCGGUGACCCUUUCUACUUACGAGAAGGCUCAAGAGAGAAUGCUUUGCUUUCUGGGUUACGUUAGAACUACUUUAGGCCGUGAUGAAGAGCUUUUACCACAUUGCUUUUUGAGAGUUCCCUUGAUCGAAGGCUACGUUGAAUUUUUGAAGGAAGAACGAAAUUGCAGCUCUGCGACGGUUUCAAAUCACAUCAGCUCACUUCUCUACCCAAUCAAAUUUGUGCACAGAGAGCAUGCUCCUGAUUUCAAAGGGGUCCCCAUUAUCCGUCAGCUGAGAGUUCAAGCUCGAAUUCUCCAGAAAGAAGGUGACUUGGAAAGGCCGUCCACAAUGGAAGAUCUUUCUGCCCAAAAUCGCUGGAUCCCUUGGGAGGAAGUGGUUUCUGCUGUUAGCACCCAGCGAGAAAAGUUUGAAUUGACUGGUCCAAUGAAGUUCAAAGCCAAGGAAUUUUGCGAUCUCAUUAUGCUAUCCCUGUAUGUGUUCAUUCCCCCGUCACGGGGGCUGGAAAUCAGGACCCUGGAAGUGCUGUCAGGGGAAGAGGCCAGGAACUUCGACCCAAAGACCUCAGCUGGGAAGAAUUACCUGCUUGUCAAGGAUAGUGGGGCUAUUAUCCUCCACUUUAACAAUUACAAGACCAGAAAGUUUUCUGGACGAGAUGAGCUGUCUCUACAGCCCGAAGACGAGCUCUGUCGACUUUUGUUGUCGUACAUAAAGGAUUAUCGGCCGCAUUUGGUUACAGAGUCAAGCCAAAGCUACCUACUGCUGGUAAGGUUUAACCUUGCUCCAGAUAACUCGGCGGUACAUGUAAUUGAAAUCGAGGAUGAUUGCCCGCUAUCACCCGUCCCGCUCGAGCAGGAAAAGUUGGUAGAACCACUCUUCGAAAAUGAAGACGGCGUCGCUGAGGGUAAAAUUCACGCGUUACCUACCCUGAAUUCAGCGCAGAGAGAGGCCGACAAUGAAGACGACGUCGUUGCGGGUGAAUUUCAUGCGGAAUCUACCCUGCAUUCAGCGCAGAGAGGGAACAAGCGCAAAACCCCGUAUUCGGUUAAAUUCGGUGAGCUACCCGAGGCAGUCAGAAAGUUUUUGGCUUCCGUAAAGAGAUUCUUUACCCAGAAAGUCAACUUUGAAAGAGAGAAAGCACCGGUGACCCUUUCUACUUACGAGAAGGCUCAAGAGAGAAUGCUUUCAUAUAACCUCUCCUUUUUUAUCUUCUUCGCAGGCUUUCUGGGUUACGUUAGAACUACUUUAGGCCGUGAUGAAGAGCUUUUACCACAUUGCUUUUUGAGAGUUCCCUUGAUCGAAGGCUACGUUGAAUUUUUGAAGGUGAGAGAAAUUCUUUACAGGCUUUCGUUGUUAUUAUUAGUAGUAGUAUUAUUCCAUACUUUUUCUGAAAGAAAGAAAUUCCCAACAAAUUGGAAAAUUUUAAUAUCACUGAUUUACUGCUUGGUAGGUGAAAUUUUUCCUUUCGAGCUUGAAAACUUUAACCCAGAGACUCUUGCCUCUGAUGAAUUUCUGCUACAUGUUGAUUCUUUUCUUUUCCUUUUCUUUCGUUUACAUCUAUUUAUUUACUUAUUGAUUUUUGGCUGUUCCGAGCCUCAAUUAACCUGUUCUGUUUCCUCACAGGAAGAACGAAAUUGCAGCUCUGCGACGGUUUCAAAUCACAUCAGCUCACUUCUCUACCCAAUCAAAUUUGUGCACAGAGAGCAUGCUCCUGAUUUCAAAGGGGUCCCCAUUAUCCGUCAGCUGAGAGUUCAAGCUCGAAUUCUCCAGAAAGAAGGUGACUUGGAAAGGCCGUCCACAAUGGAAGAUCUUUCUGCCCAAAAUCGCUGGAUCCCUUGGGAGGAAGUGGUUUCUGCUGUUAGCACCCAGCGAGAAAAGUUUGAAUUGACUGGUCCAAUGAAGUUCAAAGCCAAGGAAUUUUGCGAUCUCAUUAUGCUAUCCCUGUAUGUGUUCAUUCCCCCGUCACGGGGGCUGGAAAUCAGGACCCUGGAAGUGCUGUCAGGGGAAGAGGCCAGGAACUUCGACCCAAAGACCUCAGCUGGGAAGAAUUACCUGCUUGUCAAGGAUAGUGGGGCUAUUAUCCUCCACUUUAACAAUUACAAGACCAGAAAGUUUUCUGGACGAGAUGAGCUGUCUCUACAGCCCGAAGACGAGCUCUGUCGACUUUUGUUGUCGUACAUAAAGGAUUAUCGGCCGCAUUUGGUUACAGAGUCAAGCCAAAGCUACCUACUGCUGAACAAGAAUGGUGGUCACUUCACUGCUGCCUCCUUCUCCGCUCACUUGAAGAGUGUGCUAUAUGGCCUUACGGGAAAGCUGGCCUCUAUAAACAUCCUUCGAUCUUCGUUCAUCACAUGGGCAUACGACAAAUCGUGAGUGGACGCAUAGUUAUUCUUAGUAAUUCAGAGUGCACAUUUAAUCUUAAAAAUAGUGAAGUUGAGUCAAGAGGUCAAUCUUUCUUUGACUCGCAUGAAACAUUCUUAGCUUAAAAUCAAAGGAUUCAAAUAAUUUAUUAUUUCUAUUUUCUCUUGGGACCAUUCUCAGUCCCAGGUGAAACUGGAAACAG